ACUGGCAAUCGGACGAGGUGAUGUGAUUCCGUUAGCCCCCAUGUUCUUGGGGUACUUGUAUCGCUUGCUAGAUCAGGUACAUCUUCUUGAGAAAGGUGCGGCCGGAACAAUGGCAGUGGAGAGUUUCCUGAAUUCAAGCUUUUUGCAGGUGUUUCUAUGGGAGCACAUUAAUGGUUUGGAUGUGUGCCCACUGCCCUGCUCACAAGCUGGACUGCUUGUUCGUGCUAGUGAUGUUUCAUACACGCCAAAUAUGCCUCCUUUGAUUUCUCGGUGGUUCAGGAGAAAGCAAAGGAAAGGCCAAAACUUCCUUGAGCUAUUGGAUGAUAUUCAACAUUUUGUGUUUCGCCCUUAUACGAAGGUACCCAGAGGGUUUGGACAGGUGUCAUUUUAUGCGGAAGUAGGAGGAACUUCCAUUAUAAUACCAAGGGGUGAGCAAUCAAGAAAAGAUGCAUAUCUGAAUAUGGCAGGCCUCCCACUGUUUACGUUUGGUGAUGAUCAUUCUGAGACAUCCAUUCAUUACUCGACUCAUCGGGUUAGACGACAAUUUGGGCUUGAUCAAGGUGUCCCAGUAAGACCCGACUUUUGCCAUCCACUUGAAAUGCACAAGGUAUUUUGGAGUAGAGUGAGGGUACCAGAUGAUGGUAGACAAUUUGCCCUUGCUUUGACUAGCAGGGAAAGGGUUGGUGGCUGUUCAAAAGGUCACCGUGUUUAUUGGAAUCGUUGCUUUGCUUAUUUUACUCGGUUUCAUGCAAGUUCUCCGCGAAGACUGCUCCCUUCCAUUGAUCAUCACCGAAGACUGAUAUCGGAAAAGAAAGCUAUUGCGCUCAGUGAGAAGCGAAACUUGGCCUUUACUUCCAAGGAUGGCAAAAUAGUUGGAAGAUUCCUGGAGUCUGUAAAAAGAAGUACCAAAGUGGCAGUGAUUGGUCCUCCCAGGAAGAAACUUUCUCCUUCCAUCGGCCCUAAGCAGGCUAUGGCGCCAACCGCUUCAGUUCCAAGCGUUUCUUUGAGGAAGAGGAAACGUCGGGGUUCCCACCUGGGAGAUAUAAGUACUUCAAGUACUUCCGAGCUCGAUGGUGAAGAUGAUGAGGCUGAUUUUGCAUAUAUGGAAAGGAGUGAGGAAUCCAUCAGCGACAUACCGGCUGAUCAUGCAUGCGAUCGAGGUGAUGAGGGUGAAGUUGGUGAUGGCGGUUUAGCUGACUUAGAUCAUCCUUUGGAGGAACCGCUCUGCUUAGACGCCCCCCUUGAAUUCGUCCAUGACGCCACAACCUCCACGCCACAUAAUGUGGACAAUUUGAUAGACAUGUCGGGGUAUGACCCUUCUUGUUAUGAGUUGGAAGAUGCAUUUAGUGCCUUUAUGGUUUUCUUCGACAGUGACACAAGAAUACUUAGAUCCUCCGACGAGCUUCUUCCACUGUGCUACGAAUUCCAGGGUUAUGAGACAUUCCGAGGAGCGCAAGUAUUCCCGGAGACAGUGAAAUCUUUAAGUAAGUUCUUUGAUAGCUAUGAGGCUCGUAUCGAGAGUGCUCGCAAUCUAUCCUUUUCUUCGAAGAAUCUGGCCUUUCGUGGUCUUGGUCUGUCUUUAUACGGCAUGGAUGUCACGUCAUAUUCGGAGAUCUCUGACCAUAAACUUCUUUGUUGGAGAGAUACAAUCCGUGACGCUAUCUCAUAUGGGCUUCAAGUAGGUUUCCUGCUUGACAUAUUGAAGAUGAGGCUAGCUCGUGCUGUUUUUGAGACACGGGCUGCUUGCGGUGCAGCGAUAUCUACUCAAUUCCUCAAAGUAGGGGCAACAACUCAAGCUUUGAAACUCAAACAUCAGGAAUUGGACAGUGAAUGUCACAAGUUGCGUGAGCUCUUACUUGAAAAGGGGAUUUCUUCCAAUAAUGCUGGCUACGUAUUGGAGGCUGCGAAAGGGUCACCUUGCAAUGCCUCAUCCAUAUUGUAUGAUACACACUAGUUGAGGCUUGUUAUAGCUUGAUAUACUGAAGUGUAUAUGUCGAGACGCAUUCAGGUGCUGAGGUGCUGCAUGUGGCACCAAGAAGCGAUUUAGGCGAUUUGCAGUAGCCUGCAGCUGUUUGGGAGGUUUGCACUGGCCCGGCAGCUAUUUUGGUGAUUUGUACUGGCCCGGCAGCUAUUUUGGUGGGCAGCUAUUUUGGUGAUUUGCACUGGCCCGGCAGCGAUUUAGAUGUCCAGCAUGUGCACCCGGCAGUGAAUGUGCACCCGGCAGCAAUUUAGCAAAUACAAACAGUCAUUUGUAUCAC